GAAAAGAGAAAUAACCUGCUUUUAGAGCCACUGUACACUGGUGUGUCGCUUUCUCGGACUAAUGUUACAGAAACUAAAACAGAGCUAGUAAUUUUCACUUUUCCAUCUUAUUUUAAUAUUUAUUUUUAAUGUACAUGACGGAGAAUGUGGCGAGAUUUAACGAUGAUAAUUUUAAGCAUUAGAUCAUCACAGCCGUAAUGUUAUUCGCGAUAACAAACGACCUCCAUUGUUCUAUUGAUUUUAUACAACAGAUUUUUUUUUUUAACAAAAUGAAUAAAGAAAAUUUAAUAUUUAUAAUGAAUAUGCUUUAAUACGGACUGCACCUCCCGCCAAAAAGCAGUUCCACAACAAGUGAACUGUAACAGAACUGCAGCUACAAAACGGCGUAUGGUUUAUACGUUAGUUUGAAAUAAAAACUGGGAGUUAAGAGUGUUUAGUAAACGUUAGAACCUUAUAAUACCGCUGAAACUCUCCUCUCCUGCUCCGCGGAAUCGUCUUCAUGUAAAAGCUGCGGGUUUGUGAGCGUUUCUGUCUGUUUUGCUGGCUGGUGUCGGUUAGCUAGCCGGCAGGACUGUGGUUAGGUUAGAGCAGAUGCUUUAGCUUAGCAUUAGCUUAGCAUUAGCUUAGCCUGGCUGGUUACCGUUCCGGCUAUCAGACUGCGACCGAGGUGACUGAGGAUUUUUUUCCCACUAAAUACGAGUCAGCGCUGCGGGUAAGAGUACCAUAGCUGGGCGCUAGACUGUGCUAAGCUAAUGCUAAUGCUGCUUCUGGUGGAUGAGGCGAUGGUUCAAAACUGUCCUGUGUGAAUAAACAUGCCGUUACUUGGCAACGCGUCCGCGGAGUGAUACAGAUCAUAGACUGUGUAUAGCUGCACAGAGCAUCGUCUCUCAAAAGUGAAGCCACCACAGGUUUUUCUGUUUGGUAGAUCCCAUCCGUGUUCUCUCUACCAGUCUUCUCCGGAUUACUGCAGGAGGAGACAGUUUUAGAAGUCACAGGUCAGAGGCGUCCAACCGGAGCCGUUGGAGAUGGAUGAUUUUUCCACCUAUGCUGUUCGGGAGGUCUUGGACUCUAGACGGCACGAGGGUUGCCUCCAGUACCUUAUCGACUGGAAGGGUCAUGGACCAGAGGAGCAUUGCUGGGUGAACAUUAAGAAUGUGUUUGAUCCUGGGCUUCUAGUGGAUUUCCCCUCCAAGAAGCCGGCUCCUUGUCCCUGAGGGCAUUGUUACCGUUCCCCGUAUCCGCCAGUUUCAGCUUCUUGUCAGCCAGUGGUCGGGUCUUGUCCCUCGGUUGUUCUGCUUGGACAUCCUUGUGGCUGUUCUGUUCCUCCUGACUUUCCCACGGAGCCUGGGAGUGCUUCUGAGCUCAAAGACUACAAUCCCCAGAAUUGAAUGGACUACAAAUGCCAUGACAUCACAGCACACAUGCCACAACUUUGUGAGGCUUCCCCGGAAUGGCACUGCAGAAGGUUUGUGUUGGGUCCUGAGGUUUUGAGAGGAUUCUGAGGGGUUCUAUUACACAGGACGCUACGUGGCCAUUGAAGGACCUGUUCCAGCAUCAGUCCCACUACUUCACACAGAACUGAAUGUCGUCCUGUUCCAGAUCUCCUGCUCCUAGUGUUGACUUUCCAAACGUUAGCUACGGAAAUACACCAACCAGAACAUUUCACAAAGAGGUUAAUCUUGAAGAAGGAACAAACAUGGCAUCCACAAAAAUCUCCAGUUCUCAGCAAACAUCCUCGCCUACCCCUCCCAAACAAAUACAGAAAAUUACAGACAAGAGGAAAACUCACCACUGCUCAGACUGUGGAACGAAUUUUCCUCGUCAGAGUACUCUCCAACGACACCAGCGCAUUCACACUGGAGAGAAACCGUUUCACUGCUUAGACUGUGGGAAGAGUUUUAAUCAACAGAUUCAUCUUCAACAACACCGGCGCAUUCACACUGGAGAGAAACCGUAUUACUGCUCAGAGUGUGGGAACAGUUUUAGUUGUCAGCGUAAUCUUCAAGACCACCAGCGCAUUCACACUGGAGAGAAACCGUUUCACUGCUUAGACUGUGGAAAGAGUUUUAGUUGUCAGAGUCAUCUCCAAAAACACCAGCGCAUUCACACUGGAGAGAAACCGUAUCACUGCUCAGACUGUGGAAAGAAUUUUAAUCAACAGAGUACUCUUAAACUACAUCAGCGCAUUCACACUGGAGAGAAACCGUAUCACUGCUCAGACUGUGGAAAGAAUUUUAAUCAACAGAGUAAUCUCAAACUACAUCAGCGCAUUCACACUGGAGAGAAACCGUAUCACUGCUCAGACUGUGGGAAGAGUUUUAAUCAACAGAUUCAUCUUCAACAACACCGGCGCAUUCACACUGGAGAGAAACCGUAUUACUGCUCAGAGUGUGGGAACAGUUUUAGUUGUCAGCGUAAUCUUCAAAACCACCAGCGCAUUCACACUGGAGAGAAACCGUUUCACUGCUCAGACUGUGGGAAGAGCUUCAGGUAUUCAUGUAAUUUGAAGAAACACAAAUGCUCUAACAUGAGUGAUAGAGCUAGUCUGUAAACCUUCAAUAGAACAUUUCAGGAGUAACAACUCCAAAACAAAAGAGGUAGCAAACUGGAUUUAGAGAAGAAAAUCCAGUAGUUUUGUGUUUCUGAAAUGUGCAUUGUGUUGAACACCAUGUCCACAUGUGUAAUAAUGGGUUCAUGACAUAAUUGUAAUGAAAUUUGUCCUCCAGUGGUGGCAAUUAGACACCUAGCGCUUCACCACCUUCCACUUUUGGAUGCCCCACAGUUGAUCAAUUGGUUUGGGUCUGGAUACAUACUUGGGCUGUCCAUCACAUUUACAUUUAUCUCAUUCAGCAAGGCGGUUGUCUUCUUGGAGGUGUUUGGGGUUGUUAUGAUUCAGCCCAGGGAGGGGAUCAUGCUCUGCUAAUGUCACAGUCCUUGUUGGAAUUGUUGGAAUGCACUGUGCGGUGUAUGAUCUGAGCACCGGCGAGCUGAUUUCCCAAUUUUUCAACCUCUUCAGCAAUGCUGGCAGCACACGAGUCCAGUCCUGAAACUGUGAUAUUGUGAUGUUUCAGGGUGUUAUCAGUAUUCUUAUAGACUAGGCCAUCUAAACAAUUGUAUGAGAGUAUUGUAACCAAAACACUACAUUUAAUAGCCCUGCUCGCAUUUACACCUGAAACCUUGUAACUCCAUUGAGUAACAAUUAAUCAGAAUUUGGACAUUAGUGGCUGUGUGUGGAGUUAUUUUCAGUGGACAGUAAAUUAUUACUGCUCUAAACUCUAAUAAUAACACUGGGUACUCCUGUGUUUUGACGAGUCCACGUUUCACAUUAUUUUUGGGUAAAGGACUGUACAGAUUGUUUAAGGUGCAAAGUUCUAAAGCAGCAUCUCUGAUGGUAUGGUGGUGGGUUAAGAGCCCAUGACAUGGGGAACCUGCACAUCCGUGAAGCUCCAUUAAUGCUGAAAGAUACAUACAGGUCAGAGCAACAUAUACUGCCAUCCAAGCAAUAUUGUUAAAAGGACAUAUUUUUGUAGUGAAUUCAAUUGAAUUUAGGUUUAAAAUGAUUUGCAAAUCAUUGUGUUCUGUUUUUAUGUUCCACACAAUGUCCCCAUUGAAAUUGGGGUUGUACUAAUAGGUACAUUAUUCCCUCCUCCUUUUAUUUUAACCUUUUAAGUUUAAAAUAAAAAGUCUGUAUUUUGUGGUGAGUUAUUCGAAUAAACUAAAAAAAGCAAUGUUUUGGCGUUGCUGACUUUUUUUUAUUGAUGGUUAGAUUUUGCCCAGUAAAGUGCAACUUGUUUAACUCCACUGUAUUUGAACAUUGUUAAACAAUUGAAUAUCAGUUAAAAAGUUUGGAUUGUUUCCUCUUGGUUUGGUUUGAUUUGGGUGUGUUUAGUUUUCACUCUGGGGGAAAAUUGUAGCCUACAAUAAUGUGUCACAAAAAAACACAGGAGAACUCUCUCUCUUAUUGGUCAGAUCUAUCUCAGUCAGCUCAUUAAAGUAAAUACAGGAAGAAGGUUCUGUGUUCUGGGCAAAUCCAUAUUUCUGUAGAGUUUAACAUGCUGCCAUUACAUUAUUACUGUCAAAGUUUUUGAAUCAAGAAUUUAAAAAUGUAUUAUGUGGUGUUUCUUCUUGGAACAGAAUGAAUCAUUUCCCAUAAUUUGUAAUCUGUAACUAACCUAACUUCUAAUUUCUGUAACCUUAUACAAAUAGGAAUUGGAUAUGUUUAUCUAAAAUCUAUCAAAGUAUUGAUACAAGCUGGCCAUGUUACUAAAUAUGCUUUUAACAGGGUUUGUACAGGUGCUUGAAAUCCUGGAAAAUGCUUGAAGUUGAACGUUUUCCAGGCCUGUAAAGUGUUGGAAUUUUGGAGAAAGUGCUUGAAAAAGCUUGAAAUUGUAACUGCAUUUACUUUACAAUAAAUAAUUAUC